AUGUCUAAUGGCCGUCAUGGAUUGCGUUUGAGACCCGAACAACAAAGUCCCUCAUCAUUAGAUGAAAUCAUUGCCAAAGAAUUAGCAGCAAAAAUUAUUGUCUCACCACUGAAAAUUGUUGCAAUCGAUUUUGAUAAUACGCUAAUUGAUGAGGAUAGCGGUUCAUGGAUGUCUCAUCGAAAUACGUAUAUUAGAAAUCAAUUUUAUUGGCUUAUUCCUCAUAUUUUACAUAAAAAAUGGAUUUGUAUAGCGAGUUUCAAUCAAAACACUCCACAUCCAAGCAAUGAGAAUCUCGGCAUUGUAACUCAAACAGUUGUACGACGCCUAUUGAAACUUACAGAUCGAAAUUUGAAUAAACAAACUAUUCACUACCGUUUGGCAACAGAGUAUAAGAUUAUUAUAGAGGCUUAUCCAGGUACAGUUCUAUCUUCAAUUGUAUACAGUUACGUGAUAGAUUAUUCUAAAUUGUUAGGAAGACAAUAUGGAAAAUUUGAACAUUUAGAAAGUGCAAUUGUUAAAAUUAAACAUUAUUCAACAACACCCGUUAGCAUUGAGCCAUUUCAUGUCGCUCUCUUUGAUGAUCAUCCAAGGAAUAUAACAGUUGCUAAACAAAUAUUUCCUGCUGCAUUAAUAUCUAUACAAGAAUUUUCGAAAAAAUGUAACACAAUGGAGCCUAUAAUGGCUUUGAUUGAACAUGUUGUUAAACGUUCGACUCAAGAAAAAGACAAAUGGUUGUUAAAAAAGAGAAAACAUGCACGAGGCAAUGAUAGAAUAGAUAAGAUGUAA